AUGGCCAUCUUUGGUUCCAGCAGCGCUCCGGCCCCCGCCGACUCCGAACAGGUCAAGUCCACGAUCAUCCGCACCCUGCAACAAGAGGCCGCAUUGAACAAUGCUCGAUCUUUAAUCAGUAAAGUUAACGAGCACUGCUUCGAUGCCUGCAUCACUGCCCCUGGUACCUCCCUAUCCUCCAAGGAAGAAACCUGCAUUUCAACCUGCAUGGAAAAGUACAUUUCCCUGUGGGACGCCGCUAGCCGGACCUACACGUCGCGAGUGUCGCGUGAGAGCAAGAAGAUGGGUGUCCAGAACGCGGUCCAGUUGGGAUCUUUCGCAUCCGGGUCGUCUGAAGGAGGAAGCACCCUGGCCGGUUAG